GCAAAUACGUCACGAGUGUGAAAAUCCUCCAUGGAGAAGAAGUGGAUACUGGAAGAGAAGAAGGUUGGACAUAGAUUUACAUCCUUGUAGCUCUUAGUUGUGUUAGCUAGUUAGUUAGCAGAGCUACAGGUCAGUUAAUUAGUUAGUGGGUUAGGUGUUUAUAGUUACAGUCCGGGAACAGUGGGAACAACAGCAGCAGGUGCAUGUGGAUGGCGAUCAAAGCGAAGGAAAAGUCUGCCCUCUUCACAACAGCCUGAACAUCGGCGGAAACAUCAAACAUUUGUGGCAUGUUUACCAAAACUCUUUCUUGGUUCGAGUAAAAAUGCGUCUGUGAGUUUUUCGCCGCUUUUUCUUCCUCGUGAAUGAGAACAGCACAAACAAAGCUGUUGCGCCUACCGCCGUUCCUGCGCCCUCAAACACGCGGAGAGUUUACUUUUAGGCAAACUUACUUCGACAUGCGAGACGGUUUAAAAUGUCAGUAUUUGUUUUGUGACGGUAGAAACAUGGUGAGAAAGUAGCGCGGCUUUUCUGGAGGAGAUGGAGAAGAGGAACAGGGCGACCAGCAGGGGGCGCUCCAUCGGCGGAAGAGCCAGCGACAGAGUGGACAGAGUGGAUCCAUAUGGUUUUGAGCGCUCAAAAGACUUUGAUUAUGAGUCAUAUGAGGCGCUGAUGUCCGAGUAUCUAGUCAUACUCACCAGGCGCGCCAUCAAGUGGUCCAAACUACUGAAGGGCCAGAGAAAGGUGCAGAAGAAUGUAAAAUUAAAGCGUUAUGUGCGUAAAGGGAUUCCCAAUGAACACCGAUCUCUUAUCUGGAUGGCAUCCAGUGGAGCUCAAGAACAGUUAGAGAGGAACCCAGGAUACUACCAGUCCCUGCUCGCAGCCCAGCACGACCCCAAACUGGUGGAGACCAUCCGCACAGACUUGAACCGAACUUUUCCAGACAACAUCCACUUCCACAGGACAUCCAACCCAUGUCUGCAGAAAGCUCUGUACAAUGUACUGUUAGCUUCUGGUUACCACAAUCCCACUGUGGGCUACUGCCAGGGAAUGAACUUCAUAGCUGGGUAUCUACUUAUCAUCACUAAAGAUGAAGAGAAAUCCUUCUGGCUGAUGGAUGCACUCCUUAGCAGAAUCUUACCAGACUACUACAGUCCGGCCAUGCUGGGACUGAAGACGGACCAGGAAGUGUUAGGGGAGCUGGUGAAAAUGAAAGUCCCCAGAGUGUGGCAGACCAUGGUGGAUCAUAACGUCAUGUGGACUCUUGUAGUCUCUCGAUGGUUCAUCUGCCUCUACAUAGAUGUCUUACCAGUCGAGACAGUUCUGCGAAUAUGGGACUGCCUGUUCUACGAGGGCUCAAAAAUCCUGUUCCGUGUGGCGCUGACACUGAUCCACCACAACCAGGAUCUGAUUCAACAGGCCCAGUCUCUGCCAGAUAUCUGCCAGAUCUUUAAACAGAUCACACGUGAUACAUUUGUUGAUGAAUGCCACACUUUCAUGCAGAAAAUUUUCAAUGAACCGGGAAGUCUCUCCAUGGCAACCUUGACGAAGCUGCGGGCGACUAGUCGCUCUCGCAUCAUUGCAGAAAAGUCAUGACAUUUAAAAGACUUUCCUGUUGCUCAACACACAUUCCACUGGGAGAAGAACCCAGCAGCCUGUUUGCACCUUUUAAACAGAACUAUUGUCACAAUUACUAUCAAUUUUUAUCAUGUACUCUUUCCAAACAAUCUCAGUGCACUGGAUAUAUGAUCAUAUGUUAAUGUUCUUAGUAAUUUUCUGUAUGAGCUGAUAAUUCUAUUUCAAAUGAGUCUGUGCUAUAGUUUAAAAAUAUUUUCUUUAGUGGAAUGAUGCACUUUACUCUGAAGGGUUAGAGACGGUUAAGAAAAUACUGUUGAUUAUGAUCAGAUUGACAUAACACAACCAGAAGAAAUUGUCCACUGUAUUUCAGUUAGUAAUAGGCUUCUCUCUUUUUUCCAACAAUGAGUUUAUGAGCUUUAAUUUAAAGAAAAAAAAAAUCAUAUGAAACAAUAUAGUGAGCUAAACCUUCCUAAUGUGUCAUAUCAAUUCAGAUGUUACUGAACUGGAUGGGCAGCAAAUGCUGUGGUGGUAGUCUUAAGACAAAAUAUAUCACCCAAAUGUGCAGUGCUGGAUAAAGCCAGUGGGUGGCAGUAGAGGUUUAUUGAUAAGCACAUGAAGUGAGUCUACUGCCCUUGCUGUUAAAGGUUAAUAAAGCAGUUCAAGUCAA